AGGAGCACUGCUUAAAGAGAGUGAGAGACGACCAGCUCCGUUUCUCCUCAUAGAAAGAUCUCUCUGCAUCUUCAUUCCCCCGCAACAACAACAAGAAGAAGCAGAAGAGAUAUGGGCCACCAUUCCUGCUGCAACCGUCAGAAGGUGAAGAGAGGCCUCUGGUCUCCAGAAGAAGAUGAAAAGCUCAUUCGCUUCAUCACCACCCAUGGCUAUGGUUGUUGGAGUGAAGUCCCUCAGAAAGCAGGCCUUCAGAGAUGUGGGAAGAGUUGUAGGUUGAGGUGGAUUAACUAUCUGAGACCUGACAUCAGACGAGGGCGGUUCACCCCUGAGGAGGAGAAGCUGAUAAUCAACCUUCAUAGUAUUGUAGGCAACAGGUGGGCUCACAUUGCAAGUCACUUGCCUGGGAGAACUGACAAUGAGAUAAAGAACUACUGGAAUUCAUGGAUUAAAAAGAAGAUACAGAAGCCUCCGACAGCUCGCAUUACGGCCCCAAUUCAGCCUAGAGUCAAGAUGGUUCCAUCCAAUUAUUAUUCCGAACAUCGGAAUGUAGUAUUCAACCAAGAUUUACCGAUCAAACCGGCUCCCACGCCGAUGUUUUCUUCUCCUUUCUCUCUUCUCAUGUUUGAAAACGAAUUAGCCGUUGGUGCGAUCCCACAAGAGGGGCCCAUCUGCCAUGAAGUCUCAGGUGUGAAUUCAAAUAUGUGGAAUUUGAAUGGUAAUCAUCAGGUGCAAGCACCAGCCCCUCCAUUGGCGAUAACGGGUGGAAUGGAUCCGAAUUAUUUGCUGCCAUUGUUGGAUAAUAUAGAGAACAUGGUGCCUGUGGAGGUACAAUCAUGUUGCUUGGAUGAGGAUGGGGAGAGGAUAGGAGGCGAAUGCAUUCAAAGGCAGGAGCUGAGUAAAUGGGUGGAAUCCCAGCAAUGCCCAGGUUUUCUAAUUUGGGAGCAUGUUCAAGGACAGAUGAGUGGGGAUGGUAUUCAAUCAGCUUCAUCUGAUAUGGAAGCAGUGCUUGCUUCCUACCCCUCAUCUUUAUAAGGCCUUUAUGAAGGUGCCCAUCUCUCUCUCUCUCUCUCUCUCUCUCUCUCUCUCUCUCUCAAAGGGCUUGUGUUGUUUGUGCGUUUUUUUUUUUCUCUGUAAUAUCUUGAAAGAGAGGCUGUAAUGUGAGGAAUGCGUUUAGGAGCUUUGUUAAGCGCGCAAGCGUGUACAAGAAAGCUUAUCUGCACGCCACACAUGUGCCAGCAUCCCAUGAUGGAUCUGAGAUCCAAUCCAUCAAUCAGAUAGAAGCGACUACAUUGAUGCCUUAGCCAAAAAAUCAAGUUUAACCGCUGGUUAGAUGGGCAAAAGUUUGCAAAACAAAUGGACCGCUCUGAAAAAGUUGGCUGAAGUUUUCUGACUCAUCUUCCUGUUUCCAAUAUUAGGCCCCACAUGAAAUGGACCAGAUUAUUUUCUGGGAAACAUGUAGAAGGUCGGACCAACAUCAUGGAUUGGAUCUUAGACCUAUCGUAGCAUGCUGGCACAUGUUUGUCGUGUGCAUGAGCUUUAUGGCUGAGACGUGUGCGCUUAGAUAAGCUCAAAUUUUAGAAUAGCGCAUGCAACGUUUAAUGUGUGAUCAUUGGAAAAAUAAAGAUGAAGACAACAAGAAACGAGUCAAACGGAAGCUGUUGAGGAUUCUGGUGAUGAUAGUAUCCUAAUACUCAGUGGGUAAAAUACUCGAAUUGUGCGGCCUACCAUGUUGUAUACGUAAAAUCCACUCCGUCCAUCAGCUUCUUUCCUCGAUUCUAAGACUUGAGGUAAAAUAUCACCGAGACCCAGAUCUCAGUUAGGCGACACCACAGGGAAAUAUGGGG